UGGAACAAUCGGAAUAUGAAAUCCUGAGGAGUCUUCUCGACGCUUGAUGGCCUCUGCAGCUGCGGUUGCUACUGACCCUCCUCAUCCUCACCAUCACCCCAAUAUCUUCAACAACUUGUCUCGAUUCCUUGAUACCGUCCCCAACAAUCUCUCCACUUUCCUCACCCCACAAACCUCACCACCUUAUUCCUCCCCCUCCAAAUUCCUCCUCCCUCUACCCUUCCCCGACUCCAGUCGCCCACCACUCUUAUCUCCCGCUCGCUUAUACUGAUUUCCCCUUCGACUCGUCGACUACUCGGCGGCCUAAUUCGCCGCUAUCUUCUCCACCGGCCGUCAAGAACAUGUCUUCUAAGUCCGGCGGUCACGGAGGUUUUCCUUCCACCGUGAGAAUUUCCGGCCUCACAUCUACUAAAGACAGCUCUGGGCCGGCAUUUGUGGGCCAAGUCUUCAGCAUGUGCGACCUUUCUGGGACAGGUCUCAUGGCUGUUUCUACCCAUUUUGACGUACCUUUCCUAUCCAAAAGGACUCCCCAGUGGCUUAAGAAGAUGUUUGCAGCCGUUACCAAGAGUGAAAGGAAUGGCCCUGUGUUCCGCUUUUUCAUGGACCUUGGAGAUGCAGUUUCUUAUGUUAAACGGCUGAAUAUUCCCAGUGGUGUCGUUGGUGCAUGUCGCCUUGAUUUAGCAUAUGAGCAUUUCAAGGAAAGGCCGCACUUAUUCCAAUUUGUCCCAAAUGAGAAACAGGUCAAGGAAGCAAAUAAACUCCUUAAGAUGAUGCCACAAAAUGGGGGAAAGAAAAAGGUUGAAGGAGUGCCUGUUUUCAGUGCUCAAAACUUAGAUAUUGCUAUAGCCACUACUGAUGGUAUAAAAUGGUACACACCAUACUUCUUUGACAAAAGUACACUGGACAACAUUCUUGAAGAAUCUGUCGAUCAGCAUUUCCAUUCAUUGAUCCAAACUCGGAACAUGCACCGAAGACGGGAGAUUGUUGAUGACAACUUGGCGGCAGAAGUAGUUGAAGAGAUGGGAGAUAGCAUGUGGGAGCCUCCAGAGGUUCAGGAAGUGAUUGAUGAAAUGGGCAAUCCUGGGAUUCCUUUAAGUGUCAUAUCCAAGGCUGCUGAAAUUCAGCUUCUUCAUGCUGUCGACAAGGUUUUUCUCGGAAAUAGAUGGCUGCGGAAAGCAACUGGAAUCCAACCAAAAUUUCCUUAUAUAGUUGACUCAUUUGAGAAAAGGAGUACCGCUUCUUUCUUGAGAGCAAGCAAAUCUUCCAACCUCAUUGAAGACUGUAAUUUAGGAAACAGUAGCAUGUCGCUUCAGUGCCUUGACAAGUCAGAGGAUCAUAUGAAAGAUAAUAUCUCUGCUGAGCAGGAAAAAAAGCUGGACUCUCAACUUCCAUUCCAUGAUUGGUUGGCUCUUCCAUGGUUGAAGGAACGGCAGAAGCUCCCAACAUUAGAAGAUAAAAAAGAGAAGAUUGCCACCGAGUCUAAGAGACAACAACUACAGUCAUCUCCUCUUCUUCCGAAGAUUACUAUGGUUGGUAUCUCAGCAGGAGAGGCAGGGCAGAUGAACAAGGCCACAUUAAAAAAGACAAUGGAGGAUCUAACAAAAGAAUUAGAAAGGAUGGAUCCGUCAAAUCAGCCAGGAACUGUUAGUAACGAACUUAAAAUCGAAGAGAGAGAUCCUCUUUUUGUGGCAAAUAUUGGUGAUUAUGUAAAAGCUGGUUCAGCUAGAUUGAUUAGGAGAGAAGCCAACUAGACACAUUACCAGUUUUGUAUCUUUGUUGCAUUUAGCUUGUGUAGUUGUUCCAGGUACUGGGAAGAUGUAAAUUAGUGGGGCUAUUCAUGUUUGUGUGGUACUAGUGGAUGAUGUGCUGUGUUUCUGGUGGUUAGAACUGGUAGCAUUGGGUUAUUAGUCUUACAAUAAGCGCCAAGAAUAGCAGUUUCAUACGGGUAGAAAGUACAGUAUUUCUGAGCCUUGUGCCUUUUUGUUGUAGCUGUUGAUCUGAAAGUUUUGGCAGCAGUGAUAGAGUUUCUUAUGGGCAUUUCUUGGGCAUGUGAUAAUAAUACUCUGGAUCUGUUACUAGUAUCUUUUUGAAGUCAUGUUUACCUUGUUCGUUCGAACAGA